CCCCGGCCCUCGCCCAUGAAUGAUCUUGCUUUAUCUCACUCAUUUUCGUGCCAAGCUUCUUUUUCUCUAACCAACUGUGAAAUAGGUGCGAGUGCUUGUGAUAAUCAUAGUUGUCAUAGUAAUGCUACGUGUGUUGCUCUUGAAGUACCGGGUACCUUUUCUAACUACCUCUGUAUGUGUCCUCCAUGUUACUACGGUCAAUACUGUGAAACAGAAUUGGUUGAUAUCUGUAUGCACAGCAAAUGUGUAAAUGGAGGAACCUGUGUUGCUGAUGCUGAUAACUGUAUUCUUUAUACUUGUGAUUGUCCUCCUUGUUUCACUGGUAGUCUCUGUCAAGUCGCUGUUGCUGAUUGUACAUCAAGCUCCAAUACGAACUGGCAACCUGACACUGUGGCUUUCAUUAUUCUUAACUACGUUUUGACAACUUUAUUUACAAAUUACCAAUAUAUGGCAUGAGCACUCUAUAC